GGGGGGAGGAGGAGGAGGAGGAGGAGGAGGAGGAGGAGGGGGCAGCGGAGGAGGAGCAGCAGCAGCAGGAGGCGGAGAAGGCGGAGAAGGCGGAGGAAGCCGUCGCUCUCCGCUGGGCCGAGCCGGUCGCGUCUUUCUCCCCCCCUACCCCCGGUUCGCCGCUGCCGCGGUGUAGUUGGCGCCGCUGCCCCCGCCGAGAGCGAGCGAGAGGGCGAGCGAGGGACGGACGGAGCGAGCGAGAGGGCGAGCGAACGAGCGUGCGAGAGCGAGCGUGUGCGCGGUGCCGGGGGAGGGACAUGGCCCGAGAGCGCCGGCGCCAGUAACGGAGCGGCGCUGAGACCCGCUGAGGGGGUGCUGGCCGCCGCCGCCGCCGCUGCCCGUCCGCCCGCCCGCCCGCCUGCCCGUCUCCCGCCUCCCGCGGCCCCUCUCCCCCCCUCCCCGACACACACACACAGGCCGGGCAUUGAUGGUAAUGUAUGCGAGGAAACAGCAGAGACUCAGUGAUGGCUGUCACGACCGGAGGGGGGACUCGCAGCCCUACCAGGCUCUUAAAUAUUCAUCGAAGAGUCACCCCAGUAGUGGCGAUCACCGACAUGAAAAAAUGCGAGACACCACAGAUCCUUCACCACCAAAUAAAAUGUUGCGACGAUCUGAUAGUCCUGAAAAAUAUAGUGACAGCACAGGUCACAGUAAAGCAAAAAGCGUGCAUACUCACAGAGUUAGAGAGAGGGAUGGUGGGACCAGUUACUCUCCACAAGAAAAUUCACAUAACCACAGUGCUCUUCAUAGUUCAAAUUCACAUUCUUCUAAUCCAAGCAAUAAUCCAAAUCCAAGCAAAACUUCAGACGCAUCUUAUGAUUCUGCAGAUGACUGGUCUGAACACAUCAGUUCUUCUGGGAAAAAGUACUACUACAACUGUCGAACAGAAGUUUCACAGUGGGAAAAACCAAAAGAAUGGCUUGAAAGAGAGCAGAGACAAAAAGAAGCAAGUAAAAUGGCAGUUAACAGCUUCCCAAAAGAUAGGGAUUACAGAAGAGAGGUGAUGCAAACCACAGCCACAAGUGGGUUUGCAGGUGGAAUGGAAGACAAGCAUUCCAGUGAUGCCAGUAGUAUGCUCCCACAGAAUAUUUUGUCUCAAACAAGCAGACACAAUGACAGAGACUACAGACUGCCAAGAGCAGAGACUCACAGUAGUUCUACGCCAGUACAGCACCCCAUCAAACCAGUGGUUCAUCCAACUGCUACCCCAAGCACUCUUCCUUCUAGUCCAUUUCCUCUACAAUCUGAUCACCAGCCAAAGAAAUCAUUUGAUGCUAAUGGAGCAUCUACUUUAUCAAAACUGCCUACACCCACAUCUUCCAUCCCUGCACAGAAAACAGAAAGAAAAGAAUCUACAUCAGGAGAUAAAUCUGUAUCCCAUUCUUGCACAACUCCUUCCACAUCAUCUGCCUCUGGGCUAAAUCCCACUUCUGCACCUCCAACAUCUGCUUCCACAGUCCCUGUUUCACCUGUUCCACAGUCACCAAUACCUCCAUUACUUCAGGACCCAAAUCUUCUUCGACAGCUGCUUCCUGCUUUGCAAGCCACCUUGCAGCUUAAUAAUUCUAAUGUGGACAUAUCUAAAAUAAAUGAAGUUCUUACAGCAGCUGUGACACAAGCUUCACUGCAGUCUAUACUCCAUAAGAUUCUUACUGCUGGACCAUCUGCUUUCAAUAUAACUUCUUUGAUUUCUCAAGCUGCACAGCUUUCUACACAAGCUCAGCCUUCUAAUCAGUCUCCCAUGUCUUUAACAUCUGAUGCCUCAUCCCCAAGGUCAUAUGUAUCCCCAAGGAUAAGCACGCCUCAAACUAACACAGUUCCUAUUAAACCUUUGAUAAAUACACCUCCUGUAUCAUCACAGCCAAAGGUUAGUACUCCAGGUGUUAAGCAAGGACCAGUCUCCCAGUCUGCCUCUCAGCAGCCAGUAACUGCUGACAAGCAACAAGGUCAUGAACCAGCAUCUCCUAGGAGUCUUCAACGGUCAAGUAGUCAGAGAAGUCCAUCUCCUGGUCCAAAUCAUACUUCUAGUAGUAAUGCAUCUAAUGCAACAGUUGUACCACAGAAUUCAUCUACCCGACCUACAUGUUCAUUAACACCUACCCUAGCAGCACACUUCAAUGAAAAUCUUAUAAAACAUGUUCAAGGUUGGCCUGCAGAUCAUGCAGAGAAACAGGCAUCAAGGUUGCGUGAAGAAGCUCAUAACAUGGGAAGUGUUCAUAUGUCAGAAAUUUGUACUGAAUUAAAAAACUUAAGAUCUUUAGUCCGAGUAUGUGAAAUUCAAGCAACUUUGCGUGAGCAAAGGAUACUAUUUUUGAGACAACAAAUUAAAGAACUUGAAAAGCUAAAGAAUCAGAAUUCCUUCAUGGUGUGAAGAUGUGAAUAAUUGCACAUGGUUUUGAGUACAGGAACUGGUUGCCCAAUCUUAACAAUUUUGAGCUGCAUUUGAGUAGACUUUGGACCGUUAAGCUGGGCAAUGGAAAAUGACAAGGGGAUGGGGACAUGAAAGUCAAUUCAGGGGAAGCUACAAGAUUGAUUUGUAAAACCCCUGAAAUGUAGAUUUCUUGUAGAUGUAUUCUUCACGUUGUAAAUAUGUUUUGUAGAGUGAAGCCAUGGGAAGCCAUGUGUAUCAGAGCUUAGACAUCCAAAACUAAUCAAUGCUGAGGUGGCUAAAUACCUAGCCUUUUACAUGUAAACCUGUCUGCAAAAUUAGCUUUUUUUUUUUUUUUUUAAAUUUGGGGGUUAAUUUAUCAUUCAGAAAUCUUGCAUUUCCGAAAAUACAGUGCAGGCGCCAGGCGAUCUGUGUCUAAGGCUGCAACAAUUUGGAACAGUUUGGGCAGUGUACAAAAAUAUCAUGAAACAACUGUUUCCACACUUGCACCCAAUCAAGAGCAGUGCUUCUCCAUUUCUGUUUUUGCAGAGAAAUGUUUUUCAUUUUCAGUGUUCCAUUUCCCCUCUGAAAUCCUAGAUCUGAUUUUAUCCAUUUUUUAAUGCUUCUAAUUUUCUCUUUUCUUAAGGCACUGUUGCUAUGGCACUUUUUCUAUAAUCUUUUCAUUCCUGUGUACAGUAGCUUAAAAUUGCAGUGAUUGAGCAUAACCCACUUGUUUGUAUAAAUUAUUGAAAUGUAUUUCCAUUUGCACCCUGUAAGAAUGGACUUAAUAGUACUGCUGGGCAUGUGUGCUGAAAGUACAUUGAUUGCUCAAAUAUAAGGAAAUAGCCCAAUGAACAUGGUUGUGGGAGGGGAAAGAGGAAAAAAAACCUAGUCAGAUGUGAAUUGUAUCUGUUGUAAUAAACAUGUUAAAACAAAAACAAAAAAAUGGUUACUUUUCAUUUCCUUCGGUCAGUGCAUAUUAGAAUUUGACUACUUGGGGAUUCUUCAUCAGGACUAUUCUUGUUGAACAUUUAUACUUAAUUAAAAUAAUUCCUCAAGAGAAGUUUUCUUUUAGCUUGUAAACAAGAAAUUCUGUAUAAAAUAUUUAAUGAAAUAUGACAUUCAACAAGAAUGAUCAGAACAUCCCCAAGGGUGUCAUAUGUUAAACCCUGGUUUACCUGUCUUGCUAUUAUGACAUUUCAUUUGGAAGGAUGUUUGUGUUGUAGCUAACUGUUCAAGUCUGGUGCUGACUGCUGUUCUUAGCCAUCACAAAACGCUAAAUUUGUGUAAUUGGAGCAUCCCACUGUUAUCUGGAAAUGGUGGAAAGCUCAGCUUUGUAUAUUGUUUCCUAAAGUAUAUUAAAAAUAAAAAAAGAAACUAUUGCUACUACAAAA